UUUUCAAAAGUGCUAUUAACAUAAACAGAGCAGUAAAUGUAGGACAGGACACUUUUUUUCAAAGUUGUUAAGAAGAAUGCUAUCAGUUUGCAGGUGUCACAAGUAGAGUUACUCAGAAUCAGAAAGAAGGCUGAUGGGGUUAGAAGAUCUCCAUCUAUCUUUUUGCAACCAACCACGUCCAGACUGUUUAUUUAAUACUUCCUCUUGCUAAUGAAGACACUGGUUGGGGAUGUGUUGGGCUUUCCCAUCUCAGCAUAAGACUGCAAGAUUUGAAUGUGCCCUGUGGCGGCUUCACUGACCACAGCAGGUACCCCAGGCAAGACUGAGCAGGAACAACAGCAAGUGUGGAGGCAAGACACAUCAAAGCAGAGAUGGGGACUGAAAGAGCUCUCGUUCUGGACAGAUUAGCAAGCAAUGUGGCCAAAAGAAAAAGCUCAAUGCCUCAGAAGUUCAUUGGUGAGAAGCGCCACUGCUUUGAUGUCAACUAUAAUUCCAACUAUAUGUAUGAAAAAGAGAGUGAGAUGAUGCAGACCCGAAUGAUGGACCAGGCCAUCAAUAAUGCCAUCAGCUAUCUCGGCGCAGAAGCCCUGCGCCCUUUAGUCCAGACCCCACCUGCUCCCACCUCAGAGAUGGUUCCAGUUAUCAGCAGCAUGUAUCCGAUUGCUCUCACCCGUGCUGAGAUGCCCAAUGGUGCCCCCCAGGAUCUGGAGAAAAAGAACAUCCAUCUGUCAGAGAAGAGCAUGCCUUCUGAAAGAGGCCUCUCCCCCAACAACAGUGGCCACGACUCCACAGACACUGACAGCAACCAUGAAGAACGCCCAAAUCACAUUUACCAGCAAAGUCACAUGGUCCUUCCUCGGGCCCGCAAUGGGAUGCCACUCUUCAAGGAGGUCACGCGCUCUUAUGAACUCCUCAAGGCCCCACCAAUCUGCCCAAGAGACUCCAUCAAAGUCAUCAACAAAGAAGGGGAGGUGAUGGAUGUGUACCGGUGUGACCACUGUCGCGUCCUCUUCCUAGAUUAUGUGAUGUUCACCAUUCACAUGGGUUGCCAUGGCUUCCGUGAUCCUUUUGAGUGUAACAUGUGUGGAUAUCGAAGCCAUGAUCGGUAUGAGUUCUCGUCUCACAUAGCCAGAGGAGAACACAGAGCCAUGCUAAAGUGAACUUCAUUCUUGAGAAUGCUCCUUACGUAUUCAAUAUUGUUUUUAAGAACUGAAAACCCCUGCCUAACAAAUCACUCUUACAAACUCAAUUACAAAUGCCUUUCCAUACUAUUUUCAGGUUCCCAAAGGUCAUGUUCACAAGGACAGCCAGAGAGAUGCUGUCUUCAUUCAGAAAUUGUUUGCAAGUCUGUUGUAUUAUCACUUUGGUGAAGCCUUUGUUUUCUCAUCAAAGGCUUGAAUUGUAUGAUGCUUAAAAGCCAGUAAAGUAUUUGGUCAUUACCUCUUGCAGCAAUAGAAUG